AUGUCUUCCCUGUUCAUCUCCUCAACAGUGUCCGUCUUCCAUGAAAGCACAAUCAGACUCGCAGCCACCCACCCUACCCUCUUCACGGGCAACCCAAAGGAUGAUGUGUAUUGUAUCUCGAUAUUAUACGCUUUCGACGAUUGGUUCAAAGGACUGAUACGGCAGACGUGGAACCCGCGAAGCUUGUCGAGAUAUACGGACCAUUGUAAUCAAGGAAAAGGGACAGUUCCCCAUCUCGAUGACACAUUGAGUUCGAUUUUUUAUUGA